UGGGAAGCCCCUGACCAGCCACCAGAGGAGAGCAGAAGGUGAAGGGAAGGAGGUCACUGCUGAGUGUUCGUUUUAGACUUUGCUGGCUGAUUUUUCCUCCCCUGCUUCCUCCCAACAUGAGCCUGUGGCAGAGAUUGACCCCGCUGGUGUCCAAGGGGCGAAGUUUAGCCACGGCGUCGGCCAGCGCCGGGGGUCACCACGGGGACGGGACAGGAGCCAGGACAUGGAAGAUCCUGUCAUUUGUGGUGGCGCUGCCUGGCGUGGCUAUCUGCAUGCUGAACGCCUGGCUGCAGAUGGAGAAUCACCCCUACACGCCUGAGGAGUUCGUGCCCUACCACCACCUGCGCAUUCGCACCAAGCCAUUCCCCUGGGGUGAUGGGAACCACAGCCUCUUCCACAACCCCCACACCAACCCCCUGCCCACAGGCUACGAAGAAGCAAGGGGUCAUCACUGAGCCACCCGCCGUCGGCUCCCCCGGCCUAAUGACAAUAAACCUGAGUGGAUCUGUC